UGUUUCCCUGGUCGCGGAGUUGCGACAGAGACGGAGUGCAGACAUGAGCGCGGAGAGCGCGAAUACGGCAGAGGCGGCGAGCGAGCCGGCGGUGCCCGCGGGUAGCAUCAUCGCCAUCCACACCAUGCUGGGGGACGAGGAUGAUGACGAUGUGCACAGAUGUGGACGAUGCCAGGCGGAGUUCACCUCCCUGGAGGCCUUCAUCCAGCACAAGCUGCAGAACAGCUGUCAGCGGGCCCAGGAGCUGCUGACCCUGCCACUCUCCAGGGAGGACACUCAAGAGGUUGAGCUGUCUGAGGUGAACUCUGUUUCUGUGGAUGGAAUUGAGGAGACCAAAUUUUCCUCAGAGAAAGCAGAAUGUCUGCAGAAAACAGACCAACAGAAGGAGAUUGCAGUCUAUCCUGAGAGGCGCAGGAGGAAGAGCAGUUCAGCGAGGACCUUGCCCCGUUCUCCAAACCUUACUGACCAGUGCCUCAGCGGUUCAGAAAGUGCGAAAAUUGCUUUCAAAGUCAAUGAACAAGGGCGCUACAUCUGCCAGAUCUGCGAUAAGACCUUUAAGACGGCCAACAUACUAAGGACGCACUUGAACACCCACAGCGAAGAGAAGAACUUCCAGUGUAAAUUGUGCAGCAACUCUUUCAGAACCAAGGGCUCGCUCAUUCGCCACAACCGCCGGCACACCAAUGAGCGUCCAUACAGGUGUAAUCUGUGUGGGAUUUCCUUCAGGGAGUCCGGUGCUUUGACAAGACAUCUAAAAUCUAUCACUCCUUGCACGGAGAAGACACGUUUCAGCCAAUGUAGAGAAAUACUGGUGAACAAGGAUGGUGUGCAGAAAGGGCUCAAGGAGGAGUCCUCUUAUCCGCUCCUGCUGAAGGAUGAGCAGCUCCCUGUUGUGGAUGAGGUGGAAAACACUGAGGAGACCAUUCACGAGGUCCAUGUGCAGGAACAGGCUGAGGCGGUGCAGGAACCUGCAGGAGACAGCUUGAUCAGCCAGGCUAUAAUGAACUCUGGCAUUAUGCUGGGUGCAGAUCAGGGGGAGCAGCAGGUUGGCAGCAAGUCUCCCAAACCCCUGUUCCAACACCAAGACCCUGAGAGCAGGAUCACAGAGAUCCAAGUCACGGAGGAGUGUGUAGAGCUGGACUGCGAUGAGGCGCCGGAACCCGUGGAGAACCAGAGUGACUCUGCUUCCGCAAAGGGGCACAGGUGUUUUCACUGUAAUCGGGUCUUCAGGACUUUAAGCUACCUACGAACACAUGUAAAGGGCCACCUUGAGUUCAAGCCCUUCAAGUGCAGUGUGUGUGACAAGGAGUUCCUCACGGGCUACCUGCUGAAGAAGCACAUGGAGGUUCAUCUCAGCGAGCGGCGGUUCAAAUGCGGAGAGUGCGGCAAGCUCUACAAGACCAUCGGGCACGUCCGCGAACACAUGAGAGCACACUCCGAUGAGCGGCCCUACCAUUGCAACUCCUGUGACAAGGGCUAUAAGACCAAAAAUGCUCUUCAGGUACACCAGCGCACUCACGCACAGGAGAAGCCAUAUGUGUGUCAGUACUGCUCGCGGGGAUUCAGGGAAAAGGGCUCUUUAGUGCGCCACAUACGCCACCAUACCGGCGAGAAGCCCUUCACGUGCUACAAAUGCGGCCGGGGAUUUGCAGAGCACGGCACUCUAAGCCGACAUCUUCGGGCCAAAGGUGGUUGCAGUGGGGGAAUGAAAGAGUCAGAGCAGAUGAUGGUUGUGGAGGAGCACCCAUCUGACAGCGAUGUGGCUGCAACCAUCAUUACUGAAGACCCACAUGCUGUACUGGUGGAGUUCUCUUCAGUAGUGGCAGAUACACAAGAGUACAUCAUACAGGCUCCAGCUGAAGUGACAGGAGUGGGAGAUGCAGUAGCCCACAACAGAGCUGAGGUGGAUACCGACAUCAUGAAGGUUGUGCAGCAGCUAGUGAACCAAUCAAACUCGGGGCACCAGGUCAUUGUGCAGAACGUGUCCAUGGCUGAUAGCGCAGCUCUUGCUUCGGACUGUGGCGACACCAUCACUAUUGCUACGCCAGAGAGCUUGACAGAGCAGGUGGCUAUGACGCUGGCUUCAGCCAUCAGCGACGGUGCUAUCAUGACUGCCGAGGGAACCAUGGAGGUAGAGGACAAUACCGUAACCAUGGUGGCAUCCCAAGACAUUGAAGUGAUGGAGCAGUCAGAGGAAUUUGUUAUUACUUCACCAGAGGAGGUGGAGAUACAGACUAUUGUACAGGAGUGAAAUGAAAAGCUUUGUCUUGGAUAGCUGACCACAAUUAAGUGACCUUUAGUAAAUAUAUAUAAAUCCCCAAGAACCCUCAAGAGACAGUAUUACUUGUUCUGCCUUCAUAGUAGAAAAAAAUGUGAGAGUUUAAAACUUAACAGUAACCUUAAAAAAUAUCCACAAACAUUAUUAGAACAACUUUUUGAGUAUACGAUUAUACGUGUACGCAUUUCAGAAUAUAUAGCGGUACUGCCAACACAUCUCAGUUUAUCAUUCAGUGGGACCAGUUUGUAACUUGCUGUGCAGCUGCAAAAAAGGCGACUGCUGCGAUUCGUAAGGUCUAAGCAAAUUCAAGGAUUCUUAAGUUGGAAAGUGUUGACAGUAAGACUUUGUGACUGAAUUUUUUUUUUUAAAAAAAAAAGACAAUGUACUUAGCACUUGUAAACUUUAUAGCCCUAAUGCAAGGAAGUAAAGGUUACAAUGAACAGUGAAUUUCAGCUCUCAGGUCAACUUGUACAGUUCUGUUAAGUGCCGUUGAGUCCAUGUCGACCCUUAGCGAUCACAUAAAUAGAGUGCCUCCUGAGAUUGUACAGUUCUAAAGAGGCCAUUUAUUCUUGUAUACAAGUUGCAAAAAUUAAAGUUUAUCUGGUUUUUCAUCCAAAGUAUUUUUCUCCAAUGCAACUUAUCUUUACCCAUUUACACACCUGGGUAAUUUUUAUUGGAUCAGUUCAGGGGUAAGUAUUUUCCUAAGGAGUACUAGAGCAAGAGAAGGGAUUAAAACCCUUCUUUACAUCUAUCCAUUGUCAACAACCGCUUGUCCCGAGCAGGGUUGCGGCGGACAGGAGCCUUA